AUGAAAUCUUAUCUACAGUUAAUUGGUAGUGGAACAUUUGAUGUACCACCUUCAAUUAUGGUUCAUUUUGAUAAUCAACAAAAUAGUCAAAGAUAUUUAUUUAAUUGUGGUGAAGGAACUCAAAGGUUUUGUUUACAAAAUAAAUUAAAAGCUUCCAAAUUAAAAAAUGUCUUUUUGACUAGAGUCAACUGGAAUUGUUUUGGCGGACUUCCAGGUAUGCUACUUACAAUGGCUGAUGCAGGUUCCAAAGAAAUUAAAUUAUAUGGUGGCCCAAAUUUGACACAUGCAAUAACUGCGACUAGAGGUUUUAUUUUAAGAUCAACCAUGUCAGUGGAAACACAUGAAUUUCAAGAAGAUGGGAUGACGUUCAAGGAUGAUAAUAUGACUAUAUACCCAAUAUUUUUUGAUCCGGAAGAAUCCAAUAAUAAUAUUUCAUCCUCAUCCUCACAAGGAGGGGUCAACUUACCAUCAAAACGUGCUAAUGAUUCUACACUUGAUACUGUCGAUAAUACAUCUUUACAAUAUAAGAAAGAAAUUUUAUCUUUAAUGUUUAAUAAAAGUCAUCAGCCUCAUAAUCCUAAAGGGACAAAAAAGUCAAAAACAUACGAAGAAAAUUCUGCAUUAGAGAUUUCCGACGAAGUACAAAGUGAAAAAUCUUCAUCCUCUAAAAAUGAUGAUUCAUUGAUUCAACAACGUAGAAAAUUAUUUCCUAAGAGAUUACCAAAAUCAAGACCUUCAUCAGCAUCUAUUGCUUACGUUUGUGUUGGACCAAAAUAUAAAGGAAAAUUUGAUCCACAAGCUGCUAAAGCCCUUGGUUUAAAGCCUGGACGCCAAUAUGCCGACUUAGUGAAUGGGAAAGCAGUAACUGCCCCGGAUGGAACAAUUGUUCAUCCAAACCAAGUUUUGGGUCCCUCUCGAGCCGAUGUUCCGUCAACAUCUUACAUACCUUCAAUAUGUGCAUCUCCAGAGUUUGCCACGUAUCAAACAGAUAAUAAAGAUUUACAGCCUCGAAUUAUAAUUCAUAUGCUUGGUGAUGGUGUUUUGGAAAACGAGAAGUAUCAAAUAUGGAUGAAAAAAUUUGGCCCAAAUACUGAACAUGUUAUCAUGAAUGAGCAAUAUUGCCCGCAAAGAAUAAUAUUUAAUAGCAUUGCGGAAAGUCAAUUAAAAUUGUCCAAGAUUGAUGAAAACCGAUUCCGUAUACCUUAUUAUUCAAAUCAACCUGAAAAACUAUUAGAUUCAAUUCCCAAUAUUCCAAAGACAACGCAUUUAGCUGCUCCAUUAUUGACUUUUCAGAUGGAGCCUUCAUUCGAUAUUGAUAGUUCCAAUUUACCGGAAUUAUUUGAUCAUAAUAACGAAAAUUCACGAGCAGUUAAAGAAUUAAAUAAAAAUAUAGAAUAUCUUAAAAUUGCAGCACAAGUACAAGAAGAAGUUGCGACAGCAACUCCUAAAGCAAUGAAUAUUCCUGGGAAUAAUGUUAUCGUUACAACUCUUGGUACCGGAUCAACACUUCCUUCAAAAUACAGAAAUGUGAGUUCAACACUUCUUACUAUACCAAAUGAUGGGUCUAUCCUGCUCGAUGUUGGAGAAGGUACACUCGGUGCACUAUUCAGACAUUUUGGUCCAUUAGGUAAAACUCGUGAAGGGCAAAUUAGUAUAGAAGAGCUUUUUAAUAGUUUGAAAUGCAUUUUUAUAUCACACAUGCAUGCGGAUCAUCACUUGGGCAUAGUUGGAAUUUUAUCAAAAUGGAAUGAGUUAAAAAAAGAUCCAAGUGGUUUUAUUCAUAUUGUUGGACCACCAAAAUUAUGGAAGUGGCUUAGCGAGUUCAGUGAUGUUCAAGACUUUGGAUUAUCCAGAACAAGGUUCAUAGAUAAUCGUGAUAUUUUGUCUUUACAGAAACAAAGUGGAUCACCUAAAAAAAUUUCAAAUAGUCUAAAAUCAUUAAAAGAAUCCAUAAAUCUCAAAAGAUUCGAAACCAUAGAAGUUAUUCAUUGUCCAUUUGCCUUUGGAAUAAGUAUUGAACAUUUAGAUGGUUGGAAAAUUGUAUAUUCUGGCGAUACGCGCCCAUGUGAUGAUCUUGUGAAUGUAGGAAAAAAUGCAACGCUUUUGCUUCAUGAGGCAACAUUUGAAAAUGACUUGCUUGAAGAAGCUUUGAAUAAAAAACAUAGUACAACUGAAGAAGCUGUAAAAAUUGGAGAACGAAUGAAUGCACAUUCAAUAUUAUUGACUCAUUUUAGUCAAAGAUACCCCAAAGUACCUGUAUUCACGGAUGAUCACGGUAAAGUUGGAAUUAGUUUUGAUUUUAUGCAAGUAAAUAUUGGUGAAUUGUAUAAAUUGCCGAAAUAUGUUAAAGCUCUUAAGGUAUUAUACUGUGAAAAUAGUGAAGAGGCUAACGAUUCUAAGGAUGAUGAUUGGAUACAAGAAUAA